AUGGAGUGCAGGCGCUCGAUCGUGCCUGCUGACCUGACGCGGGACACCACACCGCCCCUUUCUGUUUUCACAAUCGAUAUGGGCCCUCCCAAUAUCGACCUCGGCCCAUGCCACAGCAGCGACCAUGCCAUCCCCAAAUGGAUCAGGCCGUGCGAGCAAGCAGCAGUGGAGGUGCAUUCGGUUCCCGCUCUUCCUGUUGUCGCUCUCCUGGAAGAAACCGCGUCAACAGAUGCAGAGCUUGAAACCGUUGCCAUGGCCAUGACCGUGGAUGCAUUAACUCCGACUGCUACCAUUUCAACUGUGGCUGAGGAAGCUGAGGAACCGAAGCAACCGAAGAAGAAAGCCUCUUCGUUCCUGGAGCUGCUAGCUCAAGAGGACGCUGUUCGCUCCCGUACCUCCUCAGUUGGCUCAAUUGCUAUGAUUGAUGCUUCCUCAGCUAAGGUUGCGGCCUGCCUCUGCAGCAGCCCCACUGGCUUGACGAAGAAAGUUGCUGGUGUGAAGAGGGGGAUUGGCCGAGGCAUUUCCAGCAUUGGGAAGGGACACUCUCUGUCCACUGCUGAUCACCUCACUUUGAAGCCCACUGACUUUACUGCGCUCAUGGCAGCUGAGAAAAAAUCAGUGAAGAGUGGUAUUGAUAAGGGCCUUUUCUGCAGUGGGAAGGAUUGGAGCAUGGAGGUGAAGGGGUUUGGGAAGGCGGAGCAAGGACAGACUGUCUCAAACCUUUUGUAUGGGUGUAACGAUGAGGAGGAAGAGGAGGAUGGCAGCAGCAGAGAAAGGUCCAAAAUCUCUGGGACUAGAACGAUGUGCUACAUGGAUUAG